AUGGUAACUGGAAUACUAUCUGGUAACCAUAAGGUCCUUGGGGUUUCCAUUCCCUUAAACACUAUUAAACCUGAUAGUGUUGCUUAUCAAGAAAAUAUUGAGUCUUUAGGAAAGAAUAUAGUUGAUGAUGUUGAGCAAGCUGGUGCUCAUAAGGAGUCAAAUGUUGACAAACCCUUAGAUAAUGUGGUUGGUGAGGAAGUUCAUGUCACUCAUGAUGUCAGUAACAACCCUAACUGUGAGGCUGAAACAGUAGACCUGGAGGAAUUUUCUGAUAAUGAGUUGUUGUCCUCAGUCGUCCCUAGCAUAGCCAAAAGGGUGAGGACUAGGAGAGAAAAGAAAACAGUGGCUCAAAGGUCCCCCAGAAAGAAGAUUGAUGUGCCAACCUCUCCCAAUCCAAAGGUGGCAGUCGAGAGUUCCCUCAAGAGGAAAGUUCAUGGUCCAACAAAAUCUUGGAGCAAAGGGGUGCCCAAGAAAAAGAAGACCAAGGCUAUUGUUGUUGAAUCAAACUCAGAUGUUCCAUGUGAUGUCCCUGACACUUUGUGGAAAUAUGUUUAUCAGAAGAGGCUGGCUUUGGAGAGGGAAUUGGCUCAGAGUGUCCUGGAAUGUAAGGAGAUUAUGGACCUUAUUCAAGAGGCUGGUUUAAUGAAGACGGUGACUCAGUUCUCAAAGUGCUAUGAGAUGUUAGUGAAGGAAUUUAUUGUCAAUGUCUCUAAAGAAUGUGCUGAUGGAAAGUCUAAGGAAUUCAGAAAAGUGAAGUGGCCUCUCAAAGGUAAGUUGGUGGCCAGCAAACUGAGUGUCAAGUAUGCAAUGCUGCACAAAAUUGGAGCUGCUAACUGGGUGCCCACCAAUCAUAAAUCUACAAUUGCUGUAAUGCUUGGAAAGUUCAUAUAUGCUGUUGGAACCAAAGCCAAUUUUGACUAUGGAUCCUAUAUUUUUGAUCAAACUUUGAAGCAUGCAGGAAGCUUCAGUGUGAAGGGGCCUAUAGUCUUUCCUUCUCUCAUCUGUGGUAUUGUGUUGAAUCAAUUUCCAAACAUCUUAACAGAGAAUGAUUCUGUGAAGAGAAGAGAUAGCUCUUUAUCCUUCAAUCAUAAGUUGUUCCUAGGUACGCAUGUUCCUGACAUUGCCAUGGAAACAAGUGAGACAUCAAGUGGAAGCAAUCAACCGGGUAAAGUUGCUAUCAUUGCAAUGUUCAAAGAAACGUGCAAGGAGUUAGAGGCAAGGAAGCUCAAUUUGGAAAAAUUGAUUAGCAAGUUGGAGAUGACUGAAGGUGAUGUGCUUGGUGAUGCUGCUGCAGAAGGAGAUGAAAGAAAAGGUGAAGAGGGAGAAUCAGAUGCCAGUCCUGAUGAUGGCACAGAUGAUGAUGCUAACUCUGAGUCAGAUAACUAG